CUCCAGCGCAACACUCGCUUAACAACAAGUAAAGCGAAGAUGAAGCUUAUGAGGUCUACCUUGUUCCUGGCCGUGGCUAUAAGCCUGGCCACGGCAGAGGAAAAGGCGGAGAACACAAAGGCUGAAGCAAAGCCAGUUGAAGAAAGCAAAAAACACGAGAAAAGAGGUCUGUCCGACUUGGGUUACGGUGGCGGUGGCUACGGAGGAGACCAUCAAGAUUUUGGCGGUGGUGAUCACGGCGGCGGCGGCGGAGGCUUCGGGGGAUAUGAAGGCCAUGGCCAUCAAAUAGAAGAACAUCACGAGAAAACUAUCACCACGGUGAAGAAAGUAGAAGUUCCCUACCCUGUGGAGAAGCACGUCCAUGUGCCUGUUGAGAAACACGUGCCAGUACCUGUGAAGGUGCCCGUCCCACACCCGUACCCAGUCUACAAAACUAUUCAUUUCCCGGUCAAGGAGAUCAUCAAAGUACCUGAGUAUAUCCCUAAACCUUACCCCGUGACCAAGCAUGUACCCGUACCAGUCAAAGUGCAUGUUGAUAGGCCUGUCCCAGUAAAAGUUUACGAGAAAGUUCCCUACCCAGUCGAGAAGCACAUCCCUUACCCCGUGAAAGUGCAUGUACCUCAACCCUACCCUGUUGAGAAGAUUGUGCACUUCCCAGUCAAAAUCCCAGUCAAGGUGCAUGUACCUUAUCCAGUUGAGAAGACCAUACACUACCCUGUCAAGGUCCCUGUUGACCGACCUGUGCCUGUUCAUGUUGAGAAACCAGUACCCGUACACGUAGAGAAGCCUGUACCUUACCCAGUUGAGAAGGAAGUACCCUACCCAGUCAAGGUACCCUAUGACAACCCAGUGCCUGUCCACGUUGACAAGCCUGUGCCAGUGCCUGUCAAAGUGCCAGUACCAGCUCCUUAUCCAGUAGAGAAGGUCAUUCCCUACCCAGUGGAGAAGAAAGUGCCAGUUCCAGUGAAGAUUCCAGUUGAAAGACCUUACCCGGUCCAUAUUGAAAAACACGUGCCCUACCACGUUGAAAAGCACGUGCCCUACCCAGUGAAGGUGCCAGUGCCAAUAGUCGAAAAGGAGCACCAUCAUGAGGAACAUGUCGAGAUCCCCCAACAGGAGCAUCACGAGAUCUCUCACAGCGAGGAUUAUGGAGGGAGCUUUGGGGGAGGUGAAGGGGGUUACGAGGGUCACGAUUUCGGAGGACAUGAAGGUGGACAUGAGGAGUACCAUCAUUAAACAGAACUGAUCUCUUUUAUAAUUUCAUUUUAGCUUUAAAUGUUAACUCGUGUAUAGUUUGCGCUAAGUAUUGUUUUUUGUUUUUUACCUCUGGACUGUGUUGUAUAUACAAUGUAAAUAGUACCAAAAGUAUUAAAAAACGUGAUAAAUA